AUGUAUCCAAACAACUGGACAUCAGUCAAUGAGAUUGUCCUCUUGGGAUUUCAGAAUCUCCACAACUUCAAGGUUCCCCUGUUCUCUCUGUUCCUUCUGAUUUACAUUCUGACAGUUUGGGAGAACAUCCUCAUCAUAGUGUUGGUGGCCUUCAGCCGGAACCUCCACUCCCCCAUGUACUUCUUCCUCCAGCAGCUGUCCCUCACUGACCUACUGGGCUCCACUAAUAUUGUCCCCACCCUGCUCCAAACUGUAAUAAAUGAAGGAAAGACAAUUCCUCUUGUUAACUGUAUAACACAAUUGUAUAUUUGGGGCGUUUCAGAAGCCUUUGAGUGUUUACUCCUAGCAGUAAUGGCCUAUGACAGAUACGUGGCCAUCUGCAUCCCCCUGAGAUACACUUCUAUAAUGUCCCACAGGCUUUGUGUUACAUUCAUUCUCGUAUCAUGGGCUGUUGGCUUCGGCAUUGUAUUGAUUAUUGUGCAUAUGGCGGCUACACUAACAUUCUGCAAGCGCAAUACCAUUAACCAUUUCUUUUGUGAUUUAAUCCCUCUUGUAGAACUUUCCUGCUCAGACACCGUAUUUGUGCAAAUAGAUUUAAUACUCAACACAGUCCCUCUAGUUUUCUUCCCCUUUAUGCUCAUCAGUGUAUCAUAUAUGUGUAUUGCCCAUGCAAUCCUAAAGAUAGUGUCCCAUACCGGGAGGCAAAAAGCCUUCUCCACCUGCAGCUCCCACUUGGCCGUGGUCUCCAUGUUUUUUGGGGUGACAGUUGCAAUUUACUUAGUUCCCCCCAGAAAACAGUCAUUGGCAAUAAGCAAAGUCCUCUCGCUGUUAUACACGGUAGUGAUCCCCAUGAUUAACCCCCUGAUUUACAGCUUGAGAAGCAAAGAAAUAAAACAUUCCCUGAGAAAGUGUUUUUGA